UGGCUGAUUCCAGCGCUCGGUUAGCCUCAAGCGUUCUCAGUUGAACGCGGUUUAUUGUUCCUCCGAGUCAAGGGGCGAAAUAGAUUUUACAGACCUUUCCGGAUCCCAUUCAAAGUAAUACUUCGCUGAAAUGGCAGGAGGAAAGGCAGGUAAAGACAGUGGCAAGGCCAAGGCAAAAGCAGUGUCUCGCUCACAAAGGGCCGGACUUCAGUUCCCAGUGGGCCGUAUCCACAGGCACUUGAAGACCCGCACUACAAGCCAUGGUCGUGUGGGAGCGACAGCAGCCGUCUACAGCGCAGCCAUCCUGGAGUAUCUCACAGCUGAAGUUUUGGAGUUGGCAGGAAACGCUUCAAAAGAUCUGAAGGUGAAGCGUAUCACCCCUCGCCAUCUACAGCUGGCCAUUCGUGGAGACGAGGAGUUGGACUCCCUCAUCAAGGCCACCAUCGCUGGUGGAGGUGUGAUUCCUCACAUCCACAAGUCCCUGAUCGGUAAGAAGGGCCAGCAGAAGACUGUGUAGUUCCCGCUGGGGUCGCUGUGGACAUGGACUCAAGGACUUGCGUUUGGGAUGUGACCAGAUCGGCUCGUUCAUUCAUUCAUGCGUUCUUUUUUUUUUUCUUUUUUUUAAGUUAAUAUUAAUGUUAUACUAGCUAGCUAACCACAAGUGAUUUGUUAGAGUUUUGCGUUAAUGUUCUAUCGCCAAAAC